AUUUUUUCUGAAUGAUCCUAGGUUGCUAUUUUGCUUCUUACUGAGAUCACUCCAAAAAGUAUAGCUGUUCACAAUCCCACAGAGGUGGCUAGAUUUGUGGGUGGUCAAUAUUGGAGUGACUGCUUUAGUUAAUAUUUGGAGAAGCUGGUGUUAGUGCAGCAACUGGAGUAACGACUAUGUACUAAAAAUUCUAUCCUCUCUCUGUGCCCCAUGGACCCAACCUCCUUGCCUGCCUCUAUAUGCGCUUGUAUAUAUAAAAGAGGGUUUUCAGAGCCGCCAAAUUCACCGCGGCAAAGAAACAGUUCUCUUAAACGACGGCGUUAUUGCUCAAAAGAAAUCCCCGACAGAAAUCCCCAAUUCUCUUUAAUUUUUGCUACAGAGCUUCCUAUGCAGAGUGGAAGGGAAAAUGGCGGAAGUUCCUUCCUUGGUGCAUUUCUGCAUUCAGUCAAUUAGGAGAGAGCUUCUUCUUCUCGGAAAUGAACUUCCAUCGUAUGUGUAUGAACUUCCCCCAGAAUUGUUUGAUUCCUUAGUAGCAUGCCUACCUCCGUGGGGCUUGGAGAAGUUACAAACUGAAAUGAGAGUUAUGAACUCUAAUGAUGAUUCUACUAGUGAUCACUACCAAGAAAGAAAACGCAGAAGAAAAAUGGACUUUAAUGCAUCAUGGAAGGCAUUAUUCAUGUUGCGUUGGCCUGAAAGGAUCAAUUGUGUCCAAACAGAUAAUUGGCAGCAGAUUUACUGGGAAACACAUUUGCAGGAUUGCCUAGAUGAAGCACUAGAGUUAGCUAUGCUCCCUUCAUUCUGUGGAUGCGUUGGUGAGAUAAAGGUUUCAGACAAUAUUCUGAAACAUAUUUUUCAUGAAGAAAGCCUGCUUGUUUCAACUUGUGAUGUUUCGAAAUUAUCAUUUCACUGUCAGCAAUUUGGAAGCUAUGCUAGAUGUUUGAGACUUCAUAAUGUGCUCAACAUUCAAGAAUCUUCUCAAUUAUUGACGAACUGCAAGUUGCAAAGCUUGGAAGUACAUCGGAUCAGAUCUGAGGAACAUGUUAAUAGAUUAUGCAAACUUUUGAGCCAGAACCGUGAAACAUUGAAGUCAAUUGAAUUUUUACACUGCAUGCUUUGCCCCAAUUCUGUUAAUGCAAUUUGUAGCUCCCUGCUGAUCAGGAGUUUGGAAAAACACCAAAUACAACACCUCUCAAUUAGGUCAUCAAGGUUUCUUGAAACAACUCCAGCCUCCUCUGCCCAUGCAUUUGCUUCCUUUCUGAUGUCAGGACGGUCCUUGUCUUCAUUAAAACUCCAAGACAACAAUUUAAAUUCGAGUUCUGCACAAAUCAUUUUCACUGCCUUGCUGGAGGCUUCCUCUGACCUGUCAAUCCUUAACCUUUCAGAAAAUUAUAUAACAGGAUGGCUAUCAGGUUUCAACCGGCGAUCAAGUGGCUUUCUGUCAUCUUCAGGAAUAGUGAACUCUUUGCAGUCAUUACGUGUUCUCAAUCUAAGGGGAAAUAAUCUGCACAAAGAAGAUGCUGACGAUCUUAGAUAUGCAUUGAUACGUAUGCCUAGUUUGGAGAUUCUUGAUAUAAGUGAAAAUCCCUUUGGUGAUGAAGGAAUAAGUAGGUUAAUCCCUUAUUUUGUUGAAGUUUCUGGAAGAGGCACACCAUUGGUUUGUUUAGAGUUGGAAGACUCUGAGAUUUCCAGCGUUGGAGUGGAGCAACUUUUAAAUACCAUAUCAGAAUUUGAAAGACCGUUAAAUUCACUGUCUAUCGCUCAUAAUUGUCUUUACAGUGGUGUAGCACCAGCUUUGGGAAGAUUUUUGAGUAAUAUCCAAGUGCUGAAUAUUGAAGAUAUUGGACUUGGUCCAUCUGGCUUUGAGAAACUGUAUGAAGUUCUCGUGGAAAACUUAAAGCUGGUUGAAAUAAACAUAAGCAAAAAUCGUGGUGGGAUUGCAACUGCAAGAUUUUUGUCCAAGCUCAUUUCAUGUGCUCCGGUGCUUGUUAGAGUCAAUGCAGCACAUAAUUUCAUGCGUGAUGAUUCCCUGACCUUGAUGUACUCUACCCUGAAAGAGAAAAGAGCUCAUCUUAAGCAUUUGGACUUGUCGGGGAGUCUUUUAAUCCAUACAAAUCAUGCUUCCAUGUUUGCCGAAUUCAAACAUAAUGGACAGCCCAUUGUGAUUCUUCCACCGUCACUAGCCUCAAUUAUUCCUUAUGAUGAUGAUCCAUAGCCAGCCUGGACUUUAUCUCUUGAACCAAUUUGCUGGCAUUGAUUACCAACUACAUCUAUCAUUCAACAAAAUUUGCACCAGGUUAAGGUAAUGGUAUAAAUUCCGUGUAUAAUGUUUUGCUUGCUUUGGUUAUUUCACUCAUCAAGGUGUAAACUUUAGUUCGUGCAUACAGGAUGCCCAAAUUUUGUAGUUAAGGAAAUUUUCGCUCUCAAUGCCUUUGUACCCUGUGUGGAAUUAGUUGGUUCGUCAUGUUGUUAGCUAGUAAUGAAUGGUGAUUUCUUUCUGCCUAAUCAGUCUGUUGUUUUCCCAAUAGAAGGCCAUGAUAUCUAACCAGUUUCAGGUGAAUGAGAAAUGAAGCAAAGGAGCAAAA